CAAAGCUACCAGAAAAAAAUACCCAGAUCAUCCAUCCAUCAUUUGAUACGAUAAAGAGGAACUCACAGAGAAAUAUGCAUUUGUCUCUCAUUUCACUCUGCAUCAUCUUAAACCUGCAGCUGCUCAGCACGUAUCCCAUCAGCACCGGUUUGACUGACACUGACAUGGACAUCUUAAACCUGCUGCUUCACAGACUACAGGAGUCAUUUUCCGAGCAAGAUGGCCUGGAUAGCCUGUAUACAGAGAAGGGAGGAGAUGGACGGCCGCCCCAAACUGGACUGGAUGAGGCUGCAAUCAAGGAAUUUUUCUCAGCUAAGAACCUGAAGAGCCUCCGCAACGAUUCAUCAAGGAGAUCCUCGGGCUGCUUUGGUCGACGGAUGGACAGAAUAGGAUCUAUGAGCUCCCUGGGGUGCAACACUGUUGGCAGAUACAGUUCAAAGUAAAGAUGAAGUCUUACCAUCUACAUUCUGGAACUGCAACGCAUCUACCAAAAGAUAUUUUUAUCUGAUUGCUAUUUAUUAACUAAUAUUUAUUGACAUUGUUUGUGGCUUGAGGCAUAUUUACUUGAAUUAAAUGUAAGAUUGCUCUGUAUUAUGAAUGUUUUAAUAAAUGUCUUCUUAAAUUUAA